AAAAGCGAAGAAAGGUAAAAUGAUAAGGAAGCGAACAAAUGACCGUAGUGCCAACCGCCACCAACGGUCACCUCUAUGGCGGCACUGCGCGACCCUACGCUCCCUCAAGCAAAUCCACGCCACCCUCAUCGUCAAGGGUUUCACCUCCGACCCUUCCGCCGUGAGGGAGCUCAUAUUCGCCGCCGCGGUGGUUGUCCCCGGCGCCGUGGGUUACGCCCUCAAGGUGUUCGACCGAAUUCCCGAACCGGACACCUUUACGUGGAACACCAUGAUCAGAGGGGCCGCCCAGAGCCUGAAGCCGCGGAGCGCGGUCUCGCUGUACACCCGGAUGGAGAACGGUGCCUCUGUGAGGCCCGACAGGUUCACAUUCCCUUUUGCAAUCAAGGCCUGCACCAAGCUCGGGCUGGCUCCGCUGGGGUUCUCCAUCCACGGGCGGGUUGUGAAGUUCGGGUUUGAGUCUAACACUAAUGUGAGGAACACACUUAUAUAUUUUCACGCGAAUUGUGGGGAGCUGGGAAUUGCGAGGGAACUCUUCGAAGCCUCGGGGAAGGCAGAAGUGGUGGCGUGGUCUGCAUUGACUGCAGGAUAUGCAAGGAGGGGGGAAUUGGGGAUUGCUCGGGAGCUGUUCAACGAAAUGCCCGUGAAGGACUUGGUCUCGUGGAAUGUGAUGAUCACUGGGUAUGCAAAGCGAGGGCAGAUGGAGGAGGCAAGAAAGCUCUUUGAUGAGGCCCCACAGCGGGAUGUGGUGACAUGGAACGCUAUGAUUGCUGGUUAUGUCCUUGGUAAGAGUAAUGACAAAGCUUUCGAGAUGUUCGAGGAGAUGAGGUUAGUUGGGGAAAUGCCUGAUGAUGUCACAAUGUUGAGCUUGCUUUCAGCCUGUGCAGAAUUGGGUGACUUGGAGAUUGGGACAAGGAUGCACCAAUUGCUUCAGCAACUUGGUGAAGGGGAUCUGAGCACUUUGGUCGGGAAUGCACUGAUUGACAUGUAUGCCAAAUGUGGGAGCAUUGAGAGGGCAUUCGAGGUUUUCUGUGUUAUGAAAGAGAGGGAUGUGUCAACCUGGAAUUCAGCGAUUGGAGGAUUGGCCUUCCAUGGGCAUGCCGAGAGAUCAAUCAGCUUGUUUAAGAAGAUGCUGAGGUUGAAAAUCCCUCCUGAUGAGAUCACGCUGGUAGGAGUCCUGAUAGCCUGCAGCCAUGCAGGAAAAGUCAAAGAAGGGCGCCAGUACUUUAACCUUAUGAGUGAAGAGUAUGAUAUCAAGCCAAAUAUACGGCAUUAUGGGUGUAUGGUGGACUUGUUUGGGCGGGCGGGACUACUUAAAGAGGCAUUUGAGUUUGUUGAGACGAUGGAGAUUCCUCCUAAUGCGAUCAUUUGGAGGACUCUGCUUGGGGCCUGUCGUAUUCAUGGGAAUGUUGAGCUGGGGGAGCUCGCAAAUGAGAGGUUGCUUCGUAUGAGACACGAUGAGAGCGGAGAUUAUGUUUUGCUUUCAAAUUUGUAUGCUUUAAAAGGAGACUGGAAUGGGGCUGAGAAGGUUAGGAAAUCAAUGGAUGAUAGUGGGAUAAUGAAGGGAACCGGGUAUAGCCUGAUUGAAGCGGAUGAUGAUAGAGCUCUCAUGCAUUAUUUGUUCAAUAUGAACUCGAAGGGGUAGUGAAACUGGGAAAACCGAAUGACCAAGAAGUGUUCAGAACUACAAAUGGGUGAGAACUUCUCUUGAAACGAAUCACCAAUGAUAAAUGAUAUCCCCCCGGCCUUUUCUCGAAAAUGAUAUGUGGAGCUGCUUACUUCUUUUGUUUGCAGUAAUGCAUUGUUCAAGAAUGAGAUGGUUGGUCGUCUAAAAUUUGAAAUGUGUUGAAGCUCAGUCACAUGGAAAGUUACCGUGUCAAAGAUGACCAAGACGAUUCUGCUGUUUUGUGCAGCGCUUCUCAUGAUGUGAAAGAUUGAGAAUGGGAGAGAAAGAAUCAGAUAACCGCUUACAACGCCGUUUGCAGCCACAAAGAACCUGCCAAAAGAAGCAGACCAAAGGAGAAACUUACGUGAAAGUUGGAAGGUCGUCAUACUCCGCCCUGAACCGAAUGAACCGUGUAAAGAAGGGGAGGGUCUCAUUGGUCGUCCCCAUGGCAAUAGCGCUCCCCAGAGUACAGAUAAAUGCCAGAACGCGAAG